UGUUUUAAUUUGGAUGCUGGCCUUGCAGAGUAUUCACUUUGGAAAAGGCUAUAAAGAAAAAGAACACCAUCAUGAUAGUGGAGAAAGUGCUGAUGCUGCAGCUGAGAAGCAUCACAUCAAAGAUCAAGCCACAACAUUAAAUACCUUGCACAGUAUGAAUCAGAACUACCAGAGCAGAAAGCAACAGAACUCCAGGCCAAGGGUUCCUUUUACGGGACUUACAGAAAGCAAAACGCUUAACCGGCACUGCUGUCAAAAUGGAGGGACUUGUAUCCUGGGCAGCUUUUGUGCGUGCCCCAAACACUUCAUUGGCAGAAACUGUGAAUGGGAUGAACGGAAGAGCAACUGUGGCCCAUUCGCACAUGGUGAGUGGAUACAAAAAGGCUGCCAGCUGUGUCGAUGUGGUUAUGGUGUUCUGCACUGUCUAGCUGGACAAACACAAAACUGCGCUGUAACAGAGGAAGAGGAAUUUAUUCCUUUACGUUCAAAUUGCCUAGGAUUACAGCAAACAAUGUGUUUUUUUCUGAUCCUAGUGGGCUGCUUCUUCACAUUCUUUUGCACCAAGCUCUUCUAUCAACUGUGAAAGACUCUGCUUAUUAAGACUGGGACUCUUACAGUGAU